AGGGCAGCUCUGUGGAUCGGGACCACCUCCUUCAUGAUUCUGGUUCUUCCCGUGGUAUUUGAAACCGAAAAGCUGCAGAUGGAGCAGCAGCAGCAGCUGCAGCAACGACAGAUUCUACUAGGGCCCAACACAGGGCUUUCCGGGGGAAUGCCAGGGGCCCUGCCUCCUUUUCCUGGAAAAAUUUAAUUUGGAGAGGCUGCGCUGGAUUUGUAUCAUGUGGGAAGACCUUGAGAUUAUGAUAGAUUGAACUGUUGAUUUGUUGGGCCAGGGCAUUUUUGUUUGUUUUUAUUUUUGGCUGUACUUUGGGACAUUAACCUAUUCAUAAUGUAGAGGGAAGUCUCCUCUCUGGACCUGAUGAUGGCUCCUGUCUGCGUUCUUCCCCCAUAGAAGUCACAAGUCUUUUAUUUGAUCAGUAUGUCAGAACCAGUUACA